AUGGCUAUAGCUACUUCGCGUAACAACAGGAAUGCCUUAUGUUCAAUUAAUGUGAAUGGAGUUGUAUUGGAAGAUCCUGGGGAUAUAAGGGCUGCAGUGUUGGAUCAUUUUAGGAAUCAUUUUGCUGAAAGUUGGUCUAGAAGGCCAAGUUUAUCUGGCACUUUCAAUUCCAUUGGGGGGGUAGAGGUUAGGGAAGUACUUGAAGCUGAAUUUUCAGAAGUGGAAAUAUCUAGAGCCUUGAAGCAGUGUGAAGGUAAUAAAGCACCUGGUUCGGAUGGUUUUAAUUUGAUGUUAUUUAAGAACUGUUGGCAAAUUGUUAAGGGGGAUGUGAUUCACUUCAUGAAAGAUUUCCACAAGAACUCUAAGUUGGUUCAUGGAAUUAAUAGCUCCUUUGUUGCUUUGAUUCCAAAAUCUAAUAAUCCUUCUUGUCUUAAUGAUUAUCGGCUUAUUAGCCUUCUAGGCUCCUUGUAUAAAAUUCUUGCAAAGGUUUUGUCUAAUAGGAUCAAGAAUGUUAUGCCAAAGAUCAUUAGUGAUUCUCAAUCAGCCUUCAUUGGAGGUAGAAGUAUUUUGUAUGGUGUGUUGAUUGCAAAUGAAAUAGUUGACGGUUGGAAGAAGCAUAGGAAAGGCAUUGUUUUAAAACUUGACUUUGAGAAAGCCUAUGAUUCAAUUAACUGGGAGCUCCUCUUUUCUAUGCUCGCAAAUUUUGGGUUUGGUGCCAAAUGGAUCAGUUGGAUAAGAGAGUGUGUUUUCAGCCAGAGUUUUUGUAUUAGUCAAUGGAUCACCAACAUCUGA